CAUAGAGAUCGACGACGUCGCCAUGGAUAUCACCACUGGUUCUGUGUCCAUUAAGGCCAUCGACGCAGGACUUGGAGCCUACCUUGAACAUCCACGCACACCACGGAUAGAAUCUUCGCCGAGUGUAGUAGCAACAAGUGACAUAAGCAAUAUAAAUUCUAAAGAACAUUUGAAGCCAGUGGUUGGAAUGAUGUUUGAUAGUGUCCCAGAUGUUGAGGAAUUCUAUAAGUCGUAUGCACAUGAUGUUGGUUUCUCUGUUCGUAUUGGUCAGCAGAGGAAGGGAGAUGAGGAAAUAUUACUCAAGAGGUAUUAUUGUUCAAGACAAGGGUUCACUAAGGAGAAGGUACCAGAUGCUAGUGAAGAAUUUGGAAAAAAAGGAAGCCGCCAAAACUGAUGGAAACUAGAUGUGGUUGUCCGGCACAUAUUGUUGUAAAGCUUGACAAUAACAAUAAGUAUCGAAUAGUUUCAAUGGUUAGGAGCACAGCCAUGGUUUUGUUUCGCCAAAUAAAAGGCAUUUGCUAAGAUCCAAUCGUAGAGACAAUGAGAGGGUUAAGAAUACUUUGUUCAAUUGUCAGAAGGCUAGCAUUGGCACUUCACAGGCAUAUCGACUUCUCCAUGUCACUGAGGGUUUGAAGCUGGCAAUGCGAAAAAAAAUUUCAUAUUCCCGGAACAUGUUUGAAGAUCUAGUACAAAUGGCCAAGAACUCUGAACCAGCGAUUGACUUUUUGUGUUCUAGUCUAUCGAGCCUAGUGGAACCUCUACAAAAGAUCGUUCUGCUGCUGCAGUUAGUAAGCAGGAUGAGUUCCAAACAUUCCUUAGUGGAAAAAUUCCAGAUGAAAUACAAAUACAUCCACCAACUAAUAUCGUGUCUAGAGGGCAAUGCAAAAGAAUUAUGAAGAGCAAGGAGAAGAAGGAACCAAAAAACGGCCGUGUGGAAAAUGCAAGCAAAUAGUAACAGAUCAUGAUGCACGGAAUUGCCCAAAUAAGGUUGAUGGCUGAUUGUUUGCUUUAUGCCACCAGAUGUAA